AUGAAUAAAAUUAAAUUCGUCUUUGUCUGUACCGUAGCUGUAUUUGUUCUAACGCCCGUAUCAGCGACAUCUGUACAGCUACCAGCAGUGUACCCUCUAGUCAACGUACUCCUACCUCUUCUGAACAACGUUUACAAUCUUCUUUUAUCCCUGCUAUCAAUUUUCGACACCCUCCCACCUUCAAUAAGCUGCCUUAUACCUGUAGAUUUAGGAGCGUUAGAGACAUCCCUUCUUAAGCUUUACUCACAAGCUUUAGCUAUUAUCAAUUUCCUUAGAUCCUUACCCGAGUAUGCAAUCGGAGCUAACCCGGACACGCCUUCAACGGGUGUGGCAAACUUGCAGGGUCUUCUCACAGCGCUGGUUGCAGCAAUCACAGAGUUGGCGGAGGAUGUUUUGGUGGGGCUUGGUGGGGCUAUGUUACCAGGUCUAUUGCAGCUGGUUGUCAUGGUCGUACAAGCCUUGCUUAACUUGUUACUUUAA